UGUUUGUUUGUGUUUCAGUGUGAAUGUCAGUUUAGUUAAUGUAAUUCAUUUCAAUGACAAUUUGAAAGCCAUUAAAUAAAUGAAACAUGUCAUUAUAUUAAAAAAGAUUUUCUAGGGUCCAAAGAUAAUUCUGUUGUGAAAGCAUUUGAUGGUGUUUGCAUUUGUGGAAUGCUUCUUUGGAGUGUUUUCCUGCUGUUACCUUUAAGCCUUGCCACAAUGAAAUUUUAAUGCUGGAUCACAGUUCUCAUUAAAACUGAUUCACUGUUCAAUAUCGAAAUCAGUUGUAAAAGCAGAAUGAAUUUUAUUGUGGCUUGGCAGGGUGUUGUGUUCUUCUCAAUCAGUAUUGUUGACUGGUUCUUUCUUUAUUCCCUACCCACAUUUCUCUCGCCCCUUUUUCAGGGUCCACCUGGACGAGCAGGCUUUCCGGGAGACAAAGGAUCAAUGGGCAUUCCUGGAAGAAUGGGCUUAAAGGGAAACCUGGGGGAGAAGGGAGCGCCAGGAGAGCCAGGUCUGUCUAUCAUUGGCCCACGAGGACCUCCUGGACAACCCGGUACUAGAGGAUUUCCAGGCUUUCCGGGCCCCAUCGGCUUGGACGGGAAACCCGGACAGAAUGGGCCUAAAGGUGAUAUGGGUCCUCGUGGUCCUAAAGGAAUACCAGGUGAACCUGGUCCAAAAGGAGAGAAGGGUGUAUGUGGUGACUACACUCACAGGAUGUUGCCCAUCACCGUCCGCAACAUGCCCUCAAUAAGCCCUCUAAUCCUAAAGCGCCUCAAGCAGGGCGAGCCCGGAGCGCAAGGACCACCGGGACCUCCUGGCCCCCCAGGGCCUCCAGGGACUCCUGGCCUAACUGGUGCAAGUGGGCCCCCGGGUAAACCUGGAGAACCUGGAAAACCUGGAAAAGACCCAAGGAUGCUACCGGGGCUGAAGGGUGAACCCGGUGUACCUGGACAAAAGGGUGAUCGUGGUGAAGCCGGUCCAAGUGGACCUGAAGGCCCCCAGGGAAUUAAAGGAGAUGAAGGAAUAAAGGGUGAACCAGGGAUGGAUGGGCAAAGAGGAGAGAAGGGGGAGAAGGGUGAGCUAGGGAUGCCUGGAAUGCCUGGGAAACAAGGAGUGAAGGGAGAGCCUGGAUUUCCAGGCGCCCCUGGACGAAAGGGUCAGGCAGGUGUUUCUGGUAUCCCUGGAAAACGGGGCUACAAGGGAGAAAAAGGCGAGCCUAGUGCUGCAGGAACUGGCGUUAAAGGAGAACCAGGCGUCCCAGGGCUGCCAGGACAAGCAGGACUCAAGGGUGAGAAAGGUGAUCAAGGCAUAAAGGGUGACCCUGGUCAGGAAGGCCCAUCUGGACCAAGGGGUCCGCCAGGUCCAACCGGGGAGCCAGGAAAAUCUUUAAUCAACAACAAUGAGAAUGAUAUUCGCAACGUGCAUUUAAUGGGCCCUCCUGGUCUGCCUGGACCUCCUGGGCCUCCAGGGCUUCCAGGCACCCCUGGGUUGAAGGGUGAUGUUGGACUUCCAGGUCCCCCUGGUCUUGAUGGGGAAAAGGGUCCAAGAGGAAAGCCAGGAGACCAUGGACCCAUCGGCCCUCCUGGACCAGAGGGACCACGGGGAGAAGGAGGAGUCAUAGGCUUGCCUGGGCCAAAAGGAGACAAAGGAGACAUGGGCCCCUCAGGAUCAGCUGGUUUAGAUGGCCCUACUGGAGAAAAGGGGGUUUCAGGGCCCCCUGGCCACAUUGGAUUGCCAGGCCCAAUGGGUCAGAAAGGUGAACCUGGGGAGAAAGGAGAUAAAGCAGAUCUGGUCUAUGGACCUGCUGGACCUCCAGGACCUGCAGGGCCAGUUGGGCCAAUGGGACCUCCAGGUUUGUCAGGACCAAAGGGAGAGCCAGGAAUAGGCCUCAGAGGAGAAAAGGGAUCACCUGGACAGAAAGGAGAGAAAGGAGACAGGGGCCAUCUUGGACUCCCUGGGGCUCAUGGUUUAGACGGCAGACCUGGUCCAGUGGGUCUGAUAGGACCAGCUGGAGUGCCUGGGCCUGCAGGACCAAAAGGAGAAAUGGGGGAGAAGGGUGAUAUGGGAGUAGCUGGACCAAUUGGGCCUCAAGGCAUCCCUGGUUUAGUAGGACCACCGGGAUUAAAAGGAAACCGGGGGGAGAGGGGCAAGAAAGGCAACAGGGGGGCCAAAGGGGAUAAGGGAGACCAAGGAGCCCCGGGAUUAGAUGCCCCGUGUCCGUUGGGUGACGAUGGUUUGCCAGUACCAGGGUGUUGGAAUAAAUGACGUUAAUUCCUGAGUGCCGUGUGUGAUUGUAAAUAGAAUAUUUAUUUUUGUACUUUUUUUUUUUUGCCAUUGAUCUGUUAUAUUGACGGAAAAUACAGCAAACCAUAAAAAUACUGGCAGGACUUUUGUACAGAUGUUUAUUUUUAUUACUGGUAAUGUUGUUUAUGUAAUGGCCUUUAUACUGUACCUAUGCAUUAUGUCAAAAUGUUUCGAUGGAGGAAGAAAUAUACUGUGGCAGCAUAUGCAUGAUAUUUGUGCAUUAUGUUAACUGAUAAGUGCCUAUUAACUUAUUGUAUCAUGGUGUUUUAAUGUGUUGUGUCGGACCACGCUGCACUGAUUAGUGGGGCUGGAGUUACAGAUUGGCCUUGUGUGUAAGAGGAAACCCUUUGCUCUGAGAUUAACAUGUUCACACCACACCUAAUGAGCUUACACUGUAACUGCAUAUGUUUACUGAACACUCAAAGUCCAUAUUACAUGCAGUAGAUUUAUCAAGUCAGUUGUUUCAUAUGAGUUGCAGUGCAUAAAUUAUAAACAUUUGCACUGCGUGGCUUAUUUAGUGAGCAUUUCAGACUGUUUUCUCCAUACUCACCUGCCAUUUUUUUUUUUUUUUUUUUUUGCCAAAUAUAUUACUGCAAAAACUGAAUUAGUGAAUGGAUUUAUGUAAAGAGUGCUUUACCUUGAUGGGCUUCAUGUAAAUAUGCUUAAAACUUGCCCUUUGAGCAGCUAUUUUUUUUCUCUAUCUCUAUUCUUAUCUCUGGCAAUUUAAUAUUAUAGUAGAUACAUGUAAUUUACAUACUUGGGCAAUGAAUUUAGUCUUAAUUUAUCUCGUAUAUAUUGCUGCUCACUGUUAAACACAUAUUUGUGUUUGUUAAUAAGCAUCAGCACAACCAUUCAAAAGUUUGGGGUCAGUAUUUUAUUUAUUUAUUUUUUAACGAUAAUAGUACAUUUAUGCAGCAAGGAUGCAUGAAAUUGAUCAGAAGCGUCACUAAACGACUUUUCAGGCAGCGAAUCAGCAUAUUUCGAAUGAUUUCUGAAUGAUCAUGUGAUUUUUUUUUUAGAAAAAAAUUUAAAAUAUAUGCAGUUAUUUUAAAUUGUAAAAAUAUUUUGCAACAUUACUCUUUUAUUGUAUUUUUGAUUAAAUAAACCCUCUGUAUAAAUAUAAAAGACUUCAAUACCGACUCCAAACUUUUUGAAUGCUAGUGUAUGGCCCAUUUUACCUCAUCAAGAAAAAUGAAGAAUCAAAAACCAACUAAGUUAGUAUUAUAAACAUUCCAUUUACAUCAUAUGUUUAUUCCCAAGAAAUAUCAGGGUCAUAAAGGCCUUUAGCUAAAAUGGGUUUGUUUAAUUUGUUUUAUGUUCAUUCAGUGUUGAAGUGGAUUGUGUAGAAUUGCUGCUGCUUACAUUGACAAGCUAUUCGGGUUCCAUUUUGCCAGUUACUAUCAAGUUAAGCAUGGUUUGUAAUCAUCAGUGUCUAUAAACUCUUUAUCUGUCUGUAAUACCUCAUACUAACAUGUGCCUUAAUGCUUUUAAUGCUCUGCCAAAGUAGUUUUGAGACAUAUCUACAAUGUCAAAGAAGCUAUGCUGUCAACAUGAGGAAUAUAAGAUAAUAAAUGGCUGUAAAAAGCCAAAACGUU